AUGUCGGCCAGAACUCAUACAGGUAGUCGCAGGCCGUCGGCAAGAAGAGGAAUUCAUUGGGAAGACAUUCUCUUGGGCGAUUUCCGUGAAAAACCACGACGGCCAGCGCGAGGUGUAGCAGGAAGUCAUCAAGCCCACGAGUAUUCGCGUCAGGAAAGAAGGCAUCAUUCUUCUCCUAGAGAAGCAAGCAGGAAAAGCGAGCCACAGAGAAGUCAUCAUCAACAUCGUCGCCAUCAUUCUCAUUCUGCUCCCCGUCUAGUCGAAGGGUCUAGUGCACCCCGAGCCACAAAUCCAUCAGUUCUCGCAGAACCUAGAGUGGAUAAUUUGCAAAAAGAACGACGGAGACCUACGAGCCUCCUUUCGCUGCUCUUCAACCCUCCAGCCGAGAAAGCUGUCAAGAGAGUGGCCUGCUCUGCGAAACUCGCCUGCUCUCAUCGCAUGUGCUACACAUGUCUUCGGCGACUCUUCACGUUGUCCGUGACAGAUCCACAACAUAUGCCGCCGCGAUGCUGCACGCAGGACCAGAUUCCUGCCAGAUAUGUUGAGAUAUUGUUCGAUCAGAAAUUCAAGACGAAAUGGGACCAGAAGUACAAGGAAUACACAACGAAGAACAGAUACUACUGCCCGUCGAAAGAUUGCGGGGAGUGGAUCAAACCCAGUCAAAUAUUCAAGCACCGUGAUACUGGUCGCAAGUACGGACAAUGCUCCCGGUGUAAGACCAAAGUGUGCUGUAUGUGCCGCGGCAAGUGGCACGGAAACAAGAAGGAAUGCCCCAAGGAUGAAAGCGUCCAGAAACUAGAAGAGAUGGCCCAACAGCAAGGCUGGAAGAGAUGCUAUGACUGUUCUUCUUUGGUGGAACUGAAAGAAGGAUGCAACCAUAUGACAUGUCGAUGCGGUGCUCAGUUCUGUAUGGUGUGCGGUGCGAAGUGGAAGACAUGCGACUGUCCGUGGUUCAAUUACAAUACGCAGGAGAGAGCGCGCGGUGAUAUUCUUGACUUCAAUCCCGUUCCACCUGAGGCAAUCUGGCUUCGCCCCCGGUUCGUGGUUGCUCGUCCUCGGUAUCGGGACGAGCUAUGGAUGAGAAGAGACCAAGAGCAAACCGAUCAUGACCUGGCUCAGCGUUUGCAGUGGCUUGAUAUGGAGGAUUGA